CUUGUUAUGAGAAACGGGGAAGAAACGGCGUUCGAUGUGUUGAAAAAGCGUCGAGAGUACAGUACUGGAUCCCGGACGCGCGGGAAUCGAAACGAAGUACCCCCGAAUCCUGGGAACAGGUGCGAAGAACCCGAGCGCGCACGACCCACUCCUGAAGAUCUUGCCGCCGAAAUAUUCUCACCCCUCGAGAAGAUGUCGUCAGAUUGUCCUGGCCCGAUCCGGAGGUGAGCUCGUCCCGCUGGACUCUCAUCGAAGAAUCGUCCUUGCGCGAUCGGACUCUGUCGUGGCAGCUGGAGGUCGCAAAAUGCCCAACAGAAUGGGCUGAUACGCAAUACGUCGAGGUCCCAUCCACCUCACCGAACUCACCGGCGUCCUUGCACAUUGACGUGUUCUCGAAGAGGACUGAAGGGACUGCCGGACGAGGUCGGAUGUCGUGGGGGUCUGAGACCUUGAGCGCUUUGCGUUUCAGCCUCCGACGGGGUUCGGUGUUCGUUCUCGGCUGAGUGGGACGAGGGGCCGUCGGGUCGUCUGCGGCUGGGCACCCGAAGCCAUGACGUCCUCUCUGGAGCCGCAGUCUCUCGCUGAGGUCCCCGUGCGGACAGUGCCUUUGAAGUUGAAAUUGAUCUCCGCCGCGCAAGGUGUGCUCCUCAGUCUGUUCUACAAGAAGGAUCGAGUGGUAAACCGGACCUUGAUCAACCUCCUCUCCAAGACGGAGAAGGCCUCUGCGACCCCCGUCGAUGGCGUGUCGUCCAAGGACAUCACCAUCGACGAGGUAACCAAGCAGUACGUCAGAAUUUUCGCACCCGCUCAACAAGAACCCAAAAAGCUGCCGCUGAUCGUCUACUUUCACGGUGGGGGAUUCGCCGCGAACGGCCCCGAUAUUGACUUCUUCUGCAGCUUGUGUCGAGCAGUCGUGAGAGCUGCCAAUGCCGUGCUCGUGAGCGUGAGCUAUCGGCAUGCGCCGGAGUUCCCAUACCCCACAGCUUACGACGACUGCUUCGGGGCCUUGAGGUGGCUGCAGUCGGAUUGUCAGAGUGGCGGCCUGUCGUCAGCAGUUGAUCCCUCUCAGUGCUUCCUUUUGGGGGACAGCGCCGGUGGCAACAUAGCGCACCACAUGAUGAUCAAGGCGGGGCAGAACAACUUGGGCCCUCUGCAAAUCAAGGGAGUCAUUCUGAUCAUGCCUUUCUUCGGAGGAGCCGAGCGAACUCCAUUCGAGAUUAAAACACCCAACGCGCUCAUAAUUCCUCUGUGGACGAUGGAUUGGUUCUGGGAUGCAUUUCUUCCCCUGGGCUCUGAUAGAGAUCACGAAGCUUGCAACGUGUUCGGCCCCAAUGCCGAAGACAUUUCGGGGUUGACCCUGCCUCCGAUUCUGGUCACAAUUGGCUCCUUGGACUGCCUCCAGGACUGGCAGGUACGCUAUGUGGAGAAAUUGAAAGCCAUGGGCAAGCAGGUGCAAGUCAAGUACACCAACUUCGCCCACGGGGAGUACGUCUUCGACGAGCCGUCGAAGAAAAUAGCAGCCGAUGCAGCGCAAUUCAUGAAAUCUCUGACUUCUUAGUCUGUGACAUCUAUCUGAUCUUGGAAGUCAUGCUGGUGGUUGCAUUUGAUCACAGGAUUAGUAUGUCGAUUGAAGCUGGAAACUGGCUUAAGACGAGACACCAACCGCGCAGAGAAGAAGAUAAGACUUCAGAGGCGAUGUCGCUGUACGGACGUCUUCAUGUGUUUCUGUGCUCAUUUAGGUACGUGAGCUUAUUCGCGAGGAAGCUUAGACUUAAUUCUGUGUGAUGCUGAACUUCUGGUCUGCCGAGGAUUAAUGGAUCAUCCUAGAGUGCUGCUCGUUGAAAAGGAUGGACGAAGACAAACCUACGUGUGAAAUCCUGAAAGCUGCUCCCGGUUUUGGCCGACAGGGUAUUGCCAAACCUUUUGAAGUGUUCCACUGAGUUGGGAGGAUGUAUAUCCUGAUUCAAGACGAUUGUUUGGUCCACGAUAUGCAUACGCAUAUCUAAAUCAUUGUCAUCGUCUCCUUUCGGUCCCGUCACCCUUCAUACACCUUGUAUUUUGAAUAUGCUUGUCAUAUGUCAUAUUCAUUCCUUUGUCACCCUGUAACACUGUGAUCUUAUUUUCUGUCAAACCUGUGACGAGCAUCCAAGAGGGUUCUGAGGAGCUGAGGGCUUUCUGGUUUUUUGCUUUCUUAUUCAUUUACUACAAACAGGGGAGACCUGAUUAGGAAAGGUUGAAGGAAGACGAGACAUAAGGGGCACGGGGGGUAAUUCUGGCGGGCUCCUGCAGUGCCCUUUUUUCUUGCCAACUCUGUGGCAGCUACGCUGAGAAGGAGGUCGAUACUUUAGAUAUUACAUUGCUGGGUCAUUAGGCGCAUUAAGUUUUUCAAGGAAUAUCAGAUUCUUGCGGCCUCUAUCUUCAAGGGCGAGUGGUUAGAUCGAGACACUCUGACAUAGACAGUUUGUAUACAUCAAAUUUCCAAACAUGUAUCUAUACAAAUCACACCAUGUGAUCAAUAUGUGAAAAAAAGUUUUUGUUGAUCUGACUUU